UUGCUGCAGACACGGUGAGAACGCUGAAGCGAUGAGAAGGCAGCACGGUGUUAGCAGCAUCACGUGCAAACUCAACGUUCCUUGAAAGUGUUUCACGGCUCCUGAAACGCACGCUUAGACAAAAAAAAAAAAAGAAAUAGAAGCAGCAACUGAAGCGGCGAGAACAAAGCAGACUUGGCUGUUACACGAGUGAAUAGGAUUUCAAGGGCAGCAUGAAACUGAAAGCUCCAGCUGUCGCCGUGUUCUUCGCUCCGGUAGCGCUGGAUCUAUGGAUGUUCUCAGUGGCCGUAAAUGUUCUACCCAGCAAGCUGAUCACAUUGACGAAGGAUCACACAGAAGAGUACAUCGAAAGUCCGAACUAUCCCGAUGACUAUUACCCUCAAGACACACAAAUUCAAUACAAAGUUGAGGUGAAGAUGGGAAACCACGUGCUCCAGGAGAUGGCCCGGAUCCAGGUGACGUUCGAGGUGUUCCUGAUGGAGCGCAGUGCCUUCUGCCACAAGGAUGGCCUCGAUAUCGUCGACAGAACCGGAGAAGUGAGAGCGUACUGCGGUCCACAGAGCGGCCGCAACUUUCUGAUGGAGGACAGCGUCAUCAUUAUGCGCAUGUACACGGACGCAGAAGGGCGCGAUCGUGGCUUUCGUAUCCGGGUUCGCCUGCACCAGUCACCCUGCGGGGGAAUCUUGCGGCCUCUCCGGUCGGGAUAUAUCACCACGCCCGACUAUCCGUACAGUUACGGGGCGCACAGGUUGUGUGUGUGGAGGAUACAGGCCACCUUUGGUAUGCGCAUCAAGCUCAGCUUCGAUGGCUACUUCGAUAUUAGAAGCGAUGACCAUGACACCUGCUUCAUGGACUAUCUCGAGAUUAGCCGGUCGGGCAAAUUCGAAACUGACUCACAGCGGUACUGCGGACAGACGCGGCCCAAGACGAUCAUGUCUACUACUAACAAGGUUGAGCUGAAGUUUGUGAGUGACUGCUGCGAGGAGGGACGCGGUUUUAAACUGCGCUAUGACGUCAUUCCAUCUUGGUCUGUUGUGCCUACACCAGCCACCGAUAGGUACCGGCCAGUACCAUGCCACAUGGCAGAUUGCGGCAAACCACAGGAGCUGCUUCCCAGGAUUGUCGGUGGUCAAGAGUACACCGAACACAAACACCCGUGGCUUGUGGCUAUCUUCGACAAGUACAAUGAUUUCAUCUGCGUCGGUAGCCUGGUCUCUCCGCGCCACGUCCUGACCGCUGCUCAUUGUUGCGAUGGCCAAAAGAGCCUCAGCGUCAAGACGGGCGUGCAUCGUCUCACCGAUGGCCCACACCAAGCAGUCCAACGCUGUCACAUGCACCCGCACUACAGGAAGCGCAACCUGGCUAACGACAUCGCUCUUCUGGAACUCGCCAUCAGCGUCAACUACAACGAGUUUCAGAGGCCAAUCUGUCUUCCUCUGGACGCCAAAGACCUGGUGGGAAAGGAUGGUGUCAUCGCCGGAUGGGGACGAGAAUCUUACGGUGGCCGAGACAGACAGACGCCGAAGGAGGCCUCGGUCCCUUUCGUCUCCCAGUCAGAGUGCACGACGAAAUACGGCGCCAUCAUUCUCGAGUCGAACGUCUGCGCUGGUGGGAACGCGGAAGACGCUUGUCAGGGUGACAGCGGAGGGCCGCUGAUGUCGUCUGCGCACGCUCCCAACCGGGUUGUCCAGAUGGGCAUUGUCUCGACGGGCAUCGGAUGCGGCCGCAAGGGACACCCGGGCAUCUACACCAGGAUCACUUCGUACCAUGACUUCAUCUACAACUUAACUCGCCAGCAAUGGUGCACAGUGCAGACGAGGCGUGUUGCGGAAUAAUCAGCGGGUGUCGAAGCACAAUAGACGCAUCGUGGAGAGGAAGAAGCUGUAGCUACACAUAUUUCUGCUCCACGCAUGAUUUCAGGAACGCGGCAGACAACACCAUUUGUGAAAUAAAAGAAAAGUAUGAAAGUUGCCUUUGCACGUGAACAGCAUGAGAAAUUCAGCGCAUUUUUUCAUCAUAUCAAACUUGACACACUUGGGGACUAUUCGACUCUGAGACAUUGCAUCAUCGCUAUGUGAGCAAUCAAUUCGGCACGGAAUGCGGAUGUCAUGUAACACUGGCGCCCUCGCCUAACUAGUUCACUUUCACUCUACAGCAGACAUUGUGCAACAAGUCAACUUCUGCAAAUGUUAAAGAAUAAAUAUAUUAAAACAAC